AUGUUCAUCACGGUACUUUACGGGGACGAGGAGUCGUUAUUGUUCAACCCGAGCUGUACGGUGGUAAAUUUGCCCGAUAAUAUCAGAGAAAGAUGCGGAUUCAGCGACAGUGGGAAUAUUCUGGACCUGACAGAUCAGACAGGUCUCGUCUUAGAGCUAACAGACCAUCAGAGUGACAACGCGUCCAAAUACCUCACACAGAAAGCCGAGUACAUUCUGGUGGAGAAGCGCGUGCAACAGAGCUCGACAAGCGAGCCGAACAGCUCGCCCUCACAGGACAUCACAUACGUACCUCUUCUGAACAAACUCGACAAAUUCCCUAACUACCAGAUGCGAGUAGCGCAACCCAGUCCCUCCCCAGCCAGUACGGGCGGCGGGAAGCAUGGAAAGACGAGGAAAGGAAAGAGAAGGAAAGCUAAUGGAGACUAGAAGAAUACUACAUAAAAUACUUGACAACCAUGCUAAUAAUCAAACAAGUGUACAUAGUGAAAAAAGUUAGAUGAAAACGUUUAGUACAUAGGGCAAAGUCUAUCAUAUUCUUUGUCAUUGCAUCCGGUACAGCAAAUUCUGUUGACACAAAACCCGAAGCAAUACACUGAAAAUGAAUCAAUUUCUGUUGACACGAAACCCGAUGCGCAAAAAAUGUGUCUCUUCAAAACGUAGUUAAAUAACGGAAAGUAUAUUUCGGCUUCAAAAGUGAACACCAAAAGAACUUGUACCUCUGAACCCCCGUUAAGAAAU